AUGGAACCGUUCCCCUCACACUCUCCCGGGUUUGUGAACCUUUUAGCUUCGCAGAGCAGUCCAUCUAUAGACGUUGACUCUGCUGAGGCAUUAGGUAACUCGCCCGGGUUAGUUAAACCUUUGGAAAGGAGAAAGUGGGGUGUUAAAGUAGACCUUGUGAUCAUUAGCGCUUGGUUGAACACGAGCAAGGAUCCCAUAGUCGCUAAUGAGCAGAAGGUAGUGGCCUUUUGGAAGAGAAUAGAGCUGUAUUUCAACGCAAGCCCUCAGAUGAUUGGCUCCGUUCGUAGAGAAUGGAGCCAAUGUAAGCAGAGGUGGGGAUGGGUGAAUGCGGAGGUGAGCAGGUUCGUUGGUUGCCAUGAAGCAGCUUUGAAGGAGCAGUCGAGCGGGCAAAAUAAGAAUGAUGUCAUGAAAGCAGCACAUGACAUCUUCUUCAAUGACUACAACGUCAAAUUCACACUUGAACAUUGCUGGAGGGAGCUGAGGUUUGAUCAGAAAUGGAGGUCACACGUCAAAGAUGGUGCAAAGGAGAAGAGGAAGGAACCAGCUCCGGAGGUCGUACCUGACGAUGGAGAUGUUAGGCCUCCGGGUGUGAAGGCCAACAAAGCAGGGAAGCGCAGGAAGCACGGGAAUGAAGCUGCUUUUGAUCGAGUUGAGAGCUUGCUAGCUAUGAAAAAUAUGUAUUCAAAACAAAAGAUUCUUGAUCGUCUCCUUGCCAAAAAUGAGGAGACACUUUCUUCUCAAGAGAAGGAACUUAAGACUAAACUAAUUGGUGAGAGAGUGCGGGUCACGGGUUUGAGUGGAGGUCACUUGUUGCAGUGGAGGUCACUUUUUAGGUCCAUCGGAUAUGGGUGUAUGUACCCACAGGAUUUGUUUCCAAGUGACGGUUUGUAUUUUGUACUCAUCACGGGUGUUUGUACCCGUGAUAAUAGCUUCAUGACUCCAGUUCUAUAUAAAGGAUGUGUUCACUUCAUUAUCAUCACCACUCCAGUUUGA